AUGUCGUAUUUUAACGAUCAGGGUUCGAAAGAGGAUCCAUGGGCUUCGUAUGGAAAUAUUCCUUCUUAUUCUUUUGGAGAUCAAGCUACAAAUGCUGCACCUGAUCAAGGUGCAUUCUCUUUCUCGACCCAGCCAGAGUCAUUCGUUCCUACCACUGAACCGUCCGUUCCUAUGGCAGGUUCUUUCGCAACUCCCGAAGCUCCUGUUUAUUCAACUCUACCUAAGGCAGGCGAUUUUAUCGCUCAACCAUCCGCUCCUUUCACUGGUGCUCCUGAACCACCUCCUCAGCAGCAAAAUGUUUAUCCAAAUCAGCAAGAUCUUUCACUCGGAUCUUCUUCUCUUUCAUAUUCGACAACCGCAUCAUUGUCUUCCUAUUCAAGCGAUCUACCAUCAAACGAAAUCCCGAAUUAUCAGUCUGACAAUCCGUAUACGAAAAAGAAGCCGACGGAGAAUGAUUCCGAGAACUGGAAAGCUUUUCGCGGAUGCUGUUUGUCUAUUACAUUUUUCGUCGCCUAUAUUACUUCUGCAGUGAUUUUCGGUGGUGGGCCGCCAUUUGGAACGCCUGAGAACCCAUUCGUCUUCGCAUCAAGUUUCGUAGACAAAGGAAGCAUUGAUGAUCAAAUAGUCUACGUCUGUGAUGGCCAUUUCGAAUACAACGUUUCUUCCUUCGGACAACUCCAAUCUCCGAAUUUCCCGGGCAACUAUAUUCCGAACGCUGAGUGUACGAAUAGAUUCACCUCGUCAAGCGACGGCAUCACCUUCGAAUUUCUCCAUUUUGAAGUAGAGCAAUCUUACGAUUAUGUCGUUUUUCAAGAUGAAAAUGACGAGCUUUAUCCAUUUUCUGAUCCUAUUGAGAGAUUAAAUUGGAAUGGAAUUCGAAUUUCAUUCAAUUCAUCUGAUGUCGAGGUCCUUUUUGUCUCCGACUCCCAAUUAGAACAACCUGGAUUCAACAUAAAAAUCAUCGAUGGAUACGAGGAAUCAAACGACAUCGAGGCAAAAUGGCCGCAAUUGGUAGCAAAUAUGCCCUAUUUGCCAUGCCCUUACAUAAGGGACCCUAAUGUUGCCUGCGAUAACGGACCCUGA